AGCAAAGGGUGAAAGAGGUCUCUGCUUUCUACAACAAGAAGAAGCAACCUAAUAAUUGGAAAGGGAGUUCUUCGAGUUUGAAGGAGAGGGCUGAUGGGGGUCAAAAUGAAGUUGCUUGCUCAAAGAGGAUGCAAGAAGUGAUGCGUCAGUUUGGCACGAUAUUGAAGAAUAUCGUUAAGAAGCCCAUGGACUUCUCUACAAUCCGGAAACAGAUGGACGCCAAUGUAUAUAAGAAUGUUAGAGAAAUAUAUGCUGAUGUGAGACUAGUUUUCACGAACGCCAUGACUUACAAUGAUGAUGAUAAGAGUGAUAUUCAUGUGAUGGCGAGAACUCUGCUGGAAAGAUUUGAAGAGAAAUGGCUGCAACUGAUACAUAAAGUUGUUGAUGCUGAAGAAAGACAAAAAGAUGAGGAGGCACAGGCACUAACAACUAUGCAGAGUGCUCAAGAGGCUGCUAUUGCAAAAUUGGCUAGAGAUACAAACAAUGAGCUUAACCAGCUGAAUUUGCAUCUGGGGGAACUUAGAGAGUUGGUGAUACAAAGCUGCAGGAAAAUGACUACGGAGGAGAAAAGGAAACUUAGUUCAGGGAUUGCCUCUUUAUGUCCUGAAUAUCUUUUCAAGGCACUAGAGAUUAUUGCUCAAGAGAAUCCAAACUUCCAAGAUGCAACUGAAGAGGUGGACAUCGACAUUGACGCUCAGAAUGAAAUCACACUAUGGAGACUCAAAUUCUUUGUGAAAGGUGCGCUGGAGAAUCAAGCCAGAAAUUCUGUUACCAAACCAAAAAAUCAAGCUAAGGAGGCAGAUGACGUUAUGAAGCGCAAGAAGUUGAUAUAUGAUGCUCUGGCUAAAACUGCAAGAAAAAGAAGCAGAAAACCAUCUCCGUGAUCUGUAUCCUGUUGUUAGAUUGCUCAAGCUUGUAACGUCUUGCCGAGUACAAUGUACCAUGACAUGUUAUCUCUUUUAGUUUCAAACUGAAGAAAUUUUCAAAAUGAACUCA